AUGCCUCGGUUUUGUGGUCCGGGUAGGAACAAACGACACGAGCCUGCAUCAAGUGUUCCUCUACCGAACCCCGCACACUGUGCUGCGCUGCGCUACACACUUGUUUUUUUCCCUACUGCUUUAAUUCCUCGCCGUUAAUUCGAGGUAUUGCUUGUUUAAAUAAAUUCAUCCGAACCGCUUUUCCUCACCAGCGGGUACACCCUGAAUCUCAGAUUGCAAUGUGCAGAUUGACGAGAUAUGCCGAAAAUCGACUCUUAAAGAAGUGGCCGUAGCGAUUUGCGUCUCAAAACAUCGCUCCGUCCAUUCCUACUUGAAACUUUGGCGCUAUUUCUCAUUUGCACCGUUACACCAAGUUCACACUUCCUAAUGGGGCUGGGAGGCCAGCUCUUUCGCCCGCCAUUUAUUUGGCUCGCUCGCCCUUCGGAAAAAACAAACGCGUACGCGGAAUCGCUGACGUCACAUCUUUCAACCGCGCUAAACGGAUUAACAAACCGCCCUUCUCAUUCGGAAUAAAAACUUGAUCAGGAUGGGUUUGACCGAGGAUUCUAGAUAAGGUUGGUCUAAAUAAUUGGACACGCAGGUGUGAUGUCAUCAGAUUGACUUUUGUGUGCAUGUGUGUGCGCGCGCGUGUGUAAGUGUAAGUAUAUGAGCGUGUGUGUGUGUGUAUGAAGCGUUUUUAUUCCGAUCGGUGUGUCCAUGUUUUAAGUGUAGCCAAUGAUGAAGCUCAAGGUGGUGAUCAUGAUGAUGAGGAAGGUGAUGACAAAGAUACUGAUGAUGAUGAAGAUGAAGACAAUUAACAAAGAUGACGACAGCGAAUGUGAAGACGAUGAGAAGGAUGGCGAUGAGUUCACUCCUCUCAUUUCUGGUACACUUUCGGAACCCUCCCCCUUGCCCUCUCCACACGCACGCGCGUGCACGGGACAGAGCGCAUUUGUGAGCGCGUGCAGCCAGCCGCCAGCCGAGAUUACCAAGCAGCGCCUCUGCCGUGCAUUGAACGUGCUCGCUAAUGAUGUCAGACGCGGGCCACGCCCACCGUCGAGCGGAUGAGCGCUCCCUCAUGUCAAAUCGAGUGACACGUCAAAAUGGCCUCCCGAGCGAGCGGUCUCUGGUUACAUCGGUAACCGCAGUCGGCAUUGCCCUUGUAACGCGCGCAAUCUUUCAUUUAUGACUUCCUGAGCAGUAAGGCCAUAUGUGCACGAGUGACAUGAUUGCCUCUCGCAUGUGUACGUGCUCUUAAAUACGUGGCCGUGGUGGUGAAGAUGCGAACACUUUGAAUCCAAAAGGAGCGCACGGGGAACGCAUAGCAAUUAGGUGACGUCGUGCAUGCUGCCUUAAUUUGACCAUCGCCUGAUUUGCCUCGUCGCACGUUUGUUCGAAAUAACAUUUCGGUUUUGUUCUCUUUCCUCCACCCUAUCCCCCGUUUUUCUUGGAAAGCACUACCAGAAUAAGUAAGGAUACCUGGCCAAUAUCUGAUACUUAUGGAAAACCGGGCCCCCUAUCAAAAGCUUUAAAUAGCUUGCUUGGGGUGACCUUUCACGCAUCCGACUGCUGUUUGUUGUAUCAUGUAUGUCUUGGAUAUUGCGCGAAUAAACAAACUAAACUUGAGAAAAGAAAAAGAUAAACUUUUAAGUGUAUGGGGUGUUGUGCAUGUGUAAGAUUAUGAGGUUCGAUUUAUUUUAUUUUGGGACGAAGCCGCAACAACAGAAUAUGUCAACAGUGACAGAGAGCUACAAAGGGCUUCCUUGUCCACCUGGGCGGAUUCUCCUUCUGAGCUGUUGCCGUUAGUGUUAUUCAUACCUUCAAUGGUGUGGAUUCAUUCAGUUUCUCUGAGCAAUCCGCUGCGUCCCACUUUGCAUGCCCGCCUUCGAGCGCACUACAACGAUAACAGAGAUUUGCGCGCGAUUUGCGCGCGAUUUGCGCUGCGCUGCGUGCGUCCUCCCGAUUAAACCCCAGCAAGGAAGCUCGCGCGCGCUCGUUGCUGCCGCGGCGGCGGCGGCCGCGUGCAUCCCUUUCGUUGUCAUCGCUGGGAGCGCGCGCACGAGCGAGCAUCGAGGACAGUUGACGCGCGAGCGAGCAUCCUCCGUCUUCAUCAUCGUCGACAUCAUCAUCAUCAUGGUCGUCGUCGUCGUGGUGGCGGCGGCGGCGGUGAGGUCAUUCGGACGACAAGAAGGAGAGGUGCGCGUGCACUAAUUGACGUGUUGCGCGUGCGUGAGCGCGGGAAUCAACAGGACUGAGCGCCAGAGGAAAAGACACGGAGGGAGCGAGUGAGUCGACGUUCGUGACAUCGAGGCAAACCGCGAACCGAACCGCACCGCGCAUACGCCGAACCCUCGGACGGGCCAAGGAGACCGGAAGCAGCUGUGUUCAUUGAGCCAAGGGCGGGAAUCGCGCUUGCUGUUAUUCUGAAAAGAAAAAAAAAGCUUCUCGCACAUGGAUGUGCGCGCGUCGCUGCUGCUGCUGGCGCUGUACUGCGGCGCGGUGGCGCUGUGUGGCUGCGAGCCGCGCGUGGUCAACGUGGGCGCCGUCUUGAGUCAGAAGCGCUACGAGCAGGUGUUCCGCGAGGCAGUGGCGCAUGCCAACGCCGCUUACGGCCGCGACCGCUUCAAGAUGAACGCCAUCGCCGUCACGCACAAGGCCAACGCCAUCCAAAUGGCGCUCUCUGUCUGCGAGGACCUCAUCUCCAACCAGGUGUACGCCAUCUUGGUGAGCCACCCGCCUCAGUCUAACGACCACCUGACGCCGACGCCCGUGUCUUACACUGCUGGCUUCUACCGCAUCCCCGUGGUGGGCCUGACCACGCGCAUGUCCAUCUACUCCGACAAGAGCAUCCACCUGUCUUUCCUGCGGACGGUGCCCCCGUACUCGCACCAGGCCAGCGUCUGGUUCGACUUGAUGCGAGAGUUCCGCUGGAACCACAUCAUCCUCAUCGUCAGCGACGACCACGAAGGACGGGCCGCGCAGAAGAGGCUGGAAACGCUCCUGGAGGAGAAGGAGACCAAGACUAAAAUCAGGAACUAUGAAAACAUGGAGCAUCACGGCUUUGACUUCCGGAGAACGCCUAAGGCUGAAAAGGUUCUGCUGUUUGGUCCUGACACCAACCUCACUGCCCUGCUCAUGGACGCCAAAGACCUGGAGGCUCGGGUCGUCAUCCUCUCUGCCAGUGAGGACGAAGCGGCGGGCGUUUACAAGGCGGCCCGUCAACUGAACAUGACCGGUUCCGGUUACGUCUGGAUCGUCGGAGAGAGAGAAAUGAGCGGAAAAGCUUUGAAUGAGGCACCGGACGGCCUGCUGGGUCUGCAGCUGAUUAACGGUAAGAACGAGUCGGCGCACAUCACAGACGCCGUUGGAGUGGUGGCGCAGUCCCUGCAGGAGCUUCUGGACAAGGAGAACAUCACGGAACCUCCGCGUGGGUGCGUGGGCAACACCAAUAUCUGGAGGACCGGACCCCUGUUCAAAAGGGUGCUGAUGUCCUCAAAGUACACCGAGGGCCUGACCGGUCGCAUCGAGUUCAACGACGACGGCGACCGACGCUUCGCCACUUACAACAUCCUCAACUAUCAGCAGAAGCCCGGCAGAUUGGUGCAGGUCGGCAUCUUCAACGGAUCGCAGGUGGUGAUGAACCCGCAAAGGAAGAUCAUCUGGCCCGGCGGUGAAACGGAGAAGCCGGUCGGCUACCAGAUGUCGACCAAACUCAAGAUCGUGACCAUCCACCAGGAGCCCUUUGUGUACGUGAAGCCCACAAAAGCGGAUGGAACGUGUACGGAGGAAUACACAGUCAACGGAGUCCUCAUCAAAAAGGUUAUCUGCACCGGACCCAACGGCACCAUCCCAGGUCAGCCGACGGUUGCCCAGUGUUGUUAUGGCUUCUGCAUCGACCUCCUCAUCAAGUUGGCCAUGAGUAUGAACUUCACGUAUGAGGUUCACCUGGUGGCGGACGGGAAAUUUGGAACGCAAGAGAGGGUGAACAACAGCAACAAGAAGGAGUGGAACGGCAUGAUGGGCGAGCUGCUGGGCGGGUUGGCUGACAUGAUUGUGGCCCCCCUCACCAUCAACAACGAGCGCGCUCAGUACAUCGAGUUCUCCAAGCCCUUCAAGUACCAGGGCCUCACCAUUCUAGUCAAGAAGGAAAUCCCUCGUAGCACGCUGGACUCCUUCAUGCAGCCUUUCCAGAGCACCUUGUGGCUCCUUGUCGGCCUGUCGGUCCACGUGGUGGCAGUGAUGCUCUACCUAUUAGACCGAUUCAGCCCUUUUGGAAGGUUCAAAGUCAACAGCGAAGAAGAGGAAGAAGACGCCCUCACCUUGUCGUCGGCCAUGUGGUUCUCCUGGGGAGUCCUUCUCAAUUCCGGGAUUGGUGAAGGAGCCCCGAGGAGUUUUUCGGCCAGGAUCCUGGGAAUGGUGUGGGCGGGCUUCGCCAUGAUCAUCGUGGCGUCGUACACGGCCAAUCUGGCCGCCUUCCUGGUGCUGGACCGGCCUGAGGAGCGCAUCACUGGCAUCAACGACCCCAGGCUGCGGAACCCGUCGGACAAGUUCAUCUACGCGACGGUGAAACAGAGUUCUGUAGACAUUUACUUCCGGCGCCAAGUGGAGCUGAGCACCAUGUACCGGCACAUGGAGAAGCACAACUACGAGAGCGCCGCCGAGGCCAUCCAGGCCGUUCGAGACAACAAGCUGCACGCCUUCAUCUGGGAUAGCGCCGUGCUGGAGUUCGAGGCCUCACAGAAGUGCGACCUGGUGACCACCGGAGAGCUUUUCUUCCGCUCGGGCUUCGGCAUCGGGAUGAGGAAGGAUAGCCCCUGGAAGCAGAACGUGUCGCUCGCCAUCCUUAGUUCUCACGAGAACGGGUUCAUGGAGGACCUGGACAAGACCUGGGUUCGCUACCAGGAGUGCGACUCCAGGAGCAACGCGCCCGCCACGCUCACCUUUGAAAAUAUGGCAGGCGUAUUCAUGCUGGUGGCGGGGGGCAUCGUGGCAGGCAUCUUUCUCAUCUUCAUCGAAAUCGCCUACAAGCGCCACAAGGACGCCCGUCGCAAGCAGAUGCAGUUGGCGUUUGCCGCCGUCAACGUCUGGAGGAAGAACCUGCAGCCGUACCCGACCGACAUCACUGGACAGAUCAACCUGUCGGAUCCGUCCGUCAGCACCGUAGUCUGAAAAACCCAAACCCGCAUAUGUACACGGCACACGCGAGCACCAGAGAUUAUUUGAUUUUUGCUGUCAGAAGCUUUCCUGGUCAUUUAUCGGGCGGGCGGGUGGGCGGUUCCACAAGCGCUUUCUCUUCACGAUAUAACGUGCGCGAGUUUGUAGGCACGCUGGCUGGGAAAUGACAUGCACAAACAGGAAGUGGCAUUUGAAAAUAGGUUCCACCGAUUCUUUGAGCUAUACAGCAAAAGAUGGAGCGCCUUUAGCACAUUAGCUUCAUCUCACCGGGCCGACCCACCCACCAAGCUCCGCCGGGAUUGAUGAUCUUAUAAGACUGGCAUUAUGAUGUCACCCCGUCUACCACCGCCAGCCGGUUAGUUUUGAUUAGCUUGGCGUCGCUUUGUUGUCGCGUCGUUUUGUGUUUUUUUCUUGGGGCUCCGGCUCACUUUGGCUUUCAUUUCAUUUGACGGCGAUUGCUCUCUGGGUCAUCUCGAAAAUAUUUUGAAAGCACGAUGGCCGAGCGACGUCGUCUGGCCGUUUGUUUCAACGUACUUUGGCAUGCCGGUCUCGUCUCUUGGGCCCCGGCGAUGGCAUUCGUCCUUAGCCGCUGCGGUCGCGAGUGGGCUCGUUUCAUUUCUCAUACAGUACUGUGGAAAAGGCUCAGGCCAUCGCCGGGUUGGUUCGUCCGAAUCCUUUUGGCACCUGUUUCGCAUCCUCCGUGAACCAGACGCCAACUUGCUGACUAACAAGUAGACGGAGCAACGGACGCAAAUGCAAAGCUGUGCAAAUUGUGUUUCGCAGCCCAUCCUUGCCUGAAGUCUGCGAUUUUUUUGGACCCCAACCAUUACGGCACUGAGAAGACAACAAAUGGAAAUGGCCGCCUAAAAAAGAUUAAAAAAAGAUUAAAGUCCCAAUGAUCGUCACACACACACCUGGGUGUGGUGAAAUUUGUCCUCUGCAUUUAACCCAUCCCCGUGUGAUUUUAAUCCAUCCCCUGGGGGAGAGGGGAGCAGUGAGCAGCAGCGGUGCCGCGCUCGGGAAUCAGUUGGUGAUCUAACCCCCCAAUUCCAACCCUUAAUGCUGAGUGCCAAGCAGGGAGGCAAUGGGUCCCAUUUUUAUAGUCUUUGGUAUGACCCGGCCGGCCGGGGUUUGAACCCACAACCUUCCAGUCUCAGGGCGGACACUCUUCCACUAGGCCACUGAGCUGGUGCCUAAACCUUUGCACAGCACUGUAUAAGAUGUCCACGGGCGCAUUUUUUUUUUUCUCCUCGGCAAAAGAACAAAGCCUAAAGUCUUUCAUCAAAUGUACGCGCUUCAUCAGCAUGUGCGCGCCACACUGUUCCUUGGCGGCCAAGGCCAGCACAAGAAAAUACCUUAGAAUAGCUUCUUGCAUUCAGAGGAGCUCUGAAAAUGCUAAGGCAGAAAUCGAGUGGCGUCAGUGUGUCCCACCCAUCCUUACUGCCUGUAAGGAGCUUGGACCUGCUCUGACUUUCUAGCCGGCUGGCCUCCCUCCCUCCUUAAGAUGAGCCGAUCCACUCGGAGCUACGCGUGUUUUUCGCCUUCUCAAACAUAAACGGGAAAGCGUUCUGACGUAUGCAUGUAGUAUAGGAUUCCAAUGAUGUGUUUUGCACUGUCUACAUAAAAAUGUGAAAAAAUGGAUAUACUAGCUAGCUAACCUUUGCCUGCUAACAUUUUUAUAUUUUGUGAAAACUAACUAGUGUAGCAAGGCGCUAGCCUUUAGCUCUGCGAGUGGCGUCAUCGUGAUUGACCGACCUCAAGGGAAAAGCGCCAGUCAGCCAGCCGCUGCAAAUGUUCGCACUGACACGCUAAUGACGCGUGCCGUCCGUCUUUGAGUGAUGUCACGUAUGAAUCGUCUUGUUUUUGUUUUUACAUUUCCCGUCUUGAAAUGUGUGCACAGUGACUGUAAACGACUUAUGCUGACGUGGGAAUUGCAACCUUCUGACCGUAUCAAUCGUUUUCCUGCCCAAAUAAGUUUGUGAGAAAAGCCACGUGAACCUGUGCGAUGACCCUUGUGUUUUGGCGUGCAAAGCAAUGAAGUUAGCUAUUUUUGACUUGUUUUCCCCACAGCGACUGCAUAUUGCCUUUCUCUUUCUCAUCCAAUGUCAUGACUUGCCCUGUUAAGGUGUUGAAGUUUCAUAUUUGCAGUGUAAAAAUUUCAAAUGAAUGGGACCAACCAA